AUGUAAUAAGAAGAUCUUACUCCAUGGUUAAUUUAAAUGUUGUAACCUGUAAAUGAAUAAAUUCUAUUAGUAGUAUUCUAAGAUCUUUGAAACUAUGUAUUCAGUUGGAUUUAAAAUAUUUGACACAAUAAUUUUGAAAUAAGGCGAACCUAAAUUAUGGUUUUAUAUGGAUGAUAAAGUAAUCCUAAUGAUAAACUUCUAAAGCACUGUAUAAAAACACAUGAUGAUGAAUGGCUAAAAUGGAGAGUUUUUGGUACAUAUUGUAGAGCCAAGAAUAUAAAUAGAUUAAGUGAAUAUAUAUAAUCUGACAAUUUGGAUUAAGUAUAGAUGGUUCCACCUUGUAAAUGCGAAGAAUAGAAAACUAUAUGUAAAUGCUAUAUCUUUCAUUUUGAAUAGAAAUUAACUUAAGGUAAUAUUAUUAGUCAUUAUUACAGGACGUAUUUAUAGAGCAGUUUCAUAGGAUGUAGCUAAUGAACUUUUUAAAAAUGCUAAUGAAAAAUCAGAAAUUAUAACUAAUUGGACUAAAAUUAUAGGUUGUGGAAUAACAAAAUCACCAAAACAUAUAUAUUAAGUAACAGUUUUAAAAGAAUAAAUUGAUGAUCAACCUAAAUUUAGAGUUAAUAGAAAGAGAUUUGCUUAAACACCAUUAUAAAAAGAGGAGUUCUCUAAAUAAGAAAAUAUUGUAAAGAAACCUGUUUAUUUAAAAGAAGAAUUUGAUAAAUCUUUGGCUGCUCAAUAAAAUGUAAAAUGUGAACAUUUUGCUUUCAGUUUACUAAGAUUUUUAGAAAGUAGACUAUAGAGAUCAAUAUCAUUAUUAUAAGUAGAGUUUUUUAUGACUGAAGGAGAUUUAUAAAUAUAUCUAACAGGUUUAGAUAAUAUUUAAUUUCAUUCUGAUGGGGAACCUGUUGAAAUAGCUACUUUAUAUCCAGUUAAAUAAUAGGUUCAUAAUUUUGAUAAAUGUGCUGGUUUGUAUUGUCAUUAUGCUACAAAUAAUAUAUUUUAUGAUGAAUUUGAUGAAUAGUUUUCUUUAUUUAUAAUGGCAGGAGAAAAAGAAACACAUAAAAAAAUUACAUAUAAGUCUAUAUUUUUAGAUAUGAUUGAAAGAUUUAAAACAAUAAAAAUGUUAGAACCUUAUUUAAAUAAACCACCUACUGAAUAAUUAAUAUUCAAAUUAAGAAUAUGUAAGUCAUAUUCUAUAUUAUAGAUUAUUCAUUAGGAGAUAUUACAAAUAAUACUUUUUUUAAACAUUUGAAAAUAUCAAAUUUCUAUAAAUAAGAAACAGUUUGUCAAUUUUGUUUUCAUGUUUAUAAUAAAAUAGAUUCAUUAAGAAAUUAACAAUUAAAAAACAAAAGGAUAAUAUUGACACCUUAAUAAAUUGAAGCAGAAGUAUCUAAAUUUAUGAGUUAAAGUAAUUGUGUUAAUUUAUUUUAAGAUUUUUCAUAAAAAGAGGCUAAAGUAUAAUUAAGAUUUCAUAGUAAAUUUUUUGAUAAACUCAAAUAAUUUGAUACUGAUUAAUUGAAAUUUUUUUAAGAAUUCACAUUAACAACAGUAUAAGAUGAUAAAUAUUUUUUGAAAAGAGGUAAAUUGAAUAGAAUAUCUCUUUAAUAACAUUAAUAAGCAGGAUUUUAAUUACCAACAAUAAUAAAAGUUUAAGUGAAUGAUAAAGAUAAUAUGAUAAAGAAAACAAAAUAUUUAAUUCCAAAAGAAUAGGCAGAAUCUUUGGGUUUGAAACAUUAUUUAGGUCAUGCUAAGAAUUUACCAUUUAGUGAUUAAGGAUUAGCUAUAAGUAAAAGUUCAUUAGAAUUAAAUAAACUAUAAGAUAAGAUUAGAGAAAUAUAAAUGAUAAAAGAAAGAAUGGAUUAAGAGAAAAUAAAAAGAGUUAGAGAAGAUAUAUAAGUUAUAAUGUGUACAUAUUAUGGAAAAGGAAAGGAAGAAAAAGACCGUUUGAUUGAUUUUGUUGAGACUCUUAAAAAAAGAGAAUAAUAAUUAGAAUCUUUAGAAGAAACAUCUUAAUAAAUAAGAUCUCCUGCAAUUUAGAUUGUAACUGAUAAAAAUGACUUUUUAUCAGAAAAUUAAAGAAAGAUUAAAUAAGAUAAAGAGAAAAAAGAAUAAGAGAUUUUAUAGACUAAAAAAGACUUUUUGGAAGUAAAUAGUGAUCUAGCAUUUUCUGUUUUAAGAAGAGAUUAUGUGUCUGAACGUAAUAGUGAAUAUUGA